AUGAAUAUGUGCACAAUCGAAUAUCAAGUUAAUGAAUUUGAUAAUAUUUCUGAAAUUUCAUAUAACUAUUUUACAAAAAAAUUGCAUUUUAGUGAAGUUAGAUAUUUUCCAAUUUUAGUUAAAUAUCCUCCAACUUCUAUAGAGGGUGGUGGGAAAAAAGUUGUUGAAUGUGAAUUUUUAGGAUGUAAAGUUUACAAAUCUGUUAGAAUUUGUACUGGGGCAAAGAUAUGCGAAUUUGCAUUGGAUGAAUUAAAAAAUACAACAUAUACAGAAAUAAAUGAAGAUAUAGAUUUUUAUAAAGUAAAUCAACCUGUAGAUUCACAAAUAUUAAUUGAAGCUAAAACACAUACAAAAUAUUUAGUAUUUAUUAAUAUCCAAUAUCCAUAUAAUUCCAAUACUUGUAUUGAUAAACCUCAAGUUUGUCGCUAUGGAAAAAAAUCAGAUGAUGAUUUACUAUCUUACUUUAUUUGCUCUUAUUUUCAUCUUAUAGAAGAAGGUCUUAGGCAAAAAGAAAAAAUUAUUAAAUUGAAUUGUAAUGUUCAAUUUAUUAAAUUAGUUCCAAUAGAUAUUAAUAAAACACCUUUUGUAGUUUUAAUUUGUAAAGGUAUUCAUACACAUCCUCCUUCUCCUCCAGUUAAUAUUUCUUCUGGAAUUAAAGUAAAUUUAGAGUGCAUGAUUAAAGAUGCUAUACAAACAUUUGAAAGAGUUACAUCAAAAAAAUUAAUAUCUAGCAAUUUAUUAAAAGCUUAUUUUGGAAAAGAGCUUUUUACUGAAAUUCAUUUCUCAUUAAAUAAUUUGAAAAAACUUAGAUACCUUGUUAACAAGGUACAACAGAAACAAUUUCCAAAUGAGCAAGGUUUAUUGGAAUGUGUUGAAUUUUAUUCAAAUGAUUGGGUCCUUGCUUCUUUAAAUCCAGUAUUUUCUAAAAUUCCAAUUGAUAUAUGGUAUUCAACUUCACAUGAUACAAAUGAUCCGAAAGCAGUCAUGCAAGAAGGCUUUUUAGAAGAUAAGGGAACAUUUCAUUCAAUUAAAAUACAUCAAGUUUCAGGAAUUUCUUGCUCUAGCCAUGAUCAGGGUAUUGUUUCAAGAACAAUUCAUUCAGUAAAUCAAAAAAUUAAAAAAAAACGAGCAUCUACUUCAAAAUCAAAAUCAGCAAAAAAACAAAAAACAGUUAUAAAACAAAUUAAUACUCAAGAAAGUGAUUAUACUAAUAAUUUGAAAGAUAUAGAAAUAAGCGAAAGAAGACUUGCACUUAAAGAAAAGGAAAUCACAUUAAAAGAACGUGAAGCAGAGUUAGAAUUAAAAAAAUUAUAG